GAUUUUUAUGGAAAAUUUUCAGUGUGUUUAAAAAAUACAAAAAAAAAGUAGUUGAACUAAAUUAUUAUAAUACAAAAAUUAUUGAAUAUUAACUGGCAAUUUCAUUGAUGGCUUAUCAUUUUAGUGCAAAUCAGUUUGAUUCAGUCUAUAAACCCAAAGGUUUAAAUAAUUGGGAAUUACCCAAAUGGUAUCCGCCCAGGCCACGACAACGCAAAGGUUCCACUAAAGUAAUAGCCAAUGAUAGAGGUCACUUACUGGAUUGUGCAAAAAAAACCGAUCAAAAUCCUUGGGGAAAUUUUCGCAACACUUACCAAUUGCCCGAUAAAAUAAAUAAAAAUUUUGUGGAUAAAUAUAAUAAAUGUUUACUCAAGAAAGAUAAAUAUUCAAGUUUUCCACAAAACACAAGUACCUGUGAUAUUGAUAACAAUGAUGAUGACUUGGGCAUUUCUGGCAAAGGUUUGUCAUAUCCCACAAAAUGCGAAACAACCGAACAAAUUUUAAAUUUUGAUCCAAAUCGUAAUAAAGGCUUGAAUUCAUAUGACAAGAAAGAUUCUUUAGAUUUGGAGUACACACCUGGAGAUUUUACACAAUUUAAAAAUCAACAUCCCACACGAGAUUUCCUAUUGGAGGAUAAAUAUAAACGAGAUCGUAAUAUAGAACCAGAUUUGAUAUUGAAUAAAAACUAUUUAGGUGAUCAUGAGUGUAAACUGGGAGAAUGCGAACCACCACCUAUAAAACUAACACCUUUACUGCCACCUACUUCUUCAGCCUUGAUGACAUCAGAUUUAUCACCUAAGUUAAGAGAUUUAGAUUUAUCCGAUAAAUACAAUAUCGAUACACACGAGGAUUACUUAGGCAACAAGGAAACAACUAAAAUGUUUGGUUCUCAUUCGAUUACCGAGAAGCCAAAUGAGCGUUGUCCUUCGCCUGUGGUGCCAGCAUAUGCCAACUUUGAGUUGGCCAAACGUAUGCACUCAAAUAAUCUAGAUCAUCAACCUUUGCCGGACUGUGUGGCUGAUUUGGCAUUUCGUCGGCUACAAAUUACUGGUGCUAAUCCCGGUUUGGCUUUGGACAUAGAACCCAUCGCUACUGGCGUGGGGGUGAAGACUCAUAAUGCUGGCCCCACACAUUGUACUAAAAUGAAAGUUUAUCGCCCCAAAACGAGUGGAGUAGUGCCCAGAGCUUAUAAUGGCAAUAACACUAGAUCUUACUCUGCCACACCCGGAGAUAAGAAAAUGGGUGCUAUGGAUUUGGCCAUAUGCUGGGAUUAUAAACCUCCCUAUGAGCCAGCCAGACCUAAGCACAUAGAUGGCUCAAAUGACUCUGCUGGGCCAGCAGUGUUUACUUAUGUUAAAACUCCUCGUGAUGAUGCUAUAUCCAAUACUGGACGUUCUGCCGGGGUCUUUACUAAUACACUGGGAGAAACUGGCUUCUUUGACAAGGACAUAUUAAGACGUAAGACUGAUUUUGCGGGUAGAAAAAUAGCUACCGAUGAUUUUUCGGCAGAUAUUGAUGUUUGUCCUACAUUUCCACGAGCUCACAGUGUCUCCAGGGACAGCAGUGCCUGUCAUAGAUUGCCGAAAACUCGUUUUUCUAAACAAUACAAAUCAACGCCAGAUAUGAUGGCCGAUCAUGAAUACAAAGCAUUAAGAGAGAAAUACUUGGGAGCAGAUUGUGCAUAUCCAAACUCGUCAGUGGAAACUGGCUGCAAAAGAUCGGGUUUCUUAAGAAAAGCUCGUUCGCGAAUGUGUCAUAAAAUAGCGCCUGAAACAAAUUGCUUUUCGCGUACCUGUUCUCCCAACAGAAUGGCCUGUAAGACAGCAUUUCGUGCAGGAGUGCCCAGAUAUAAUGCCGCCGGUAAUUUUAUUAGUUCAGACAGUGGUUGUAGCAUGGGCAGUACUCAUUCGCAAAGAGUUUUAGUGGUACCAAGGCCCCGUAACCCCUACUCAAAACGAAACUAUGACAUUGAUACACUAGUGCCACCAUUUCGAAGUCACGCUGGAGGUGCAGGAGAAGGUGGUUAUCCCGAACAUUGGCGUUUAGCUAGCGUCUACCAGCAUGCUUAUAAGCCUAUGGAAUGCCGUAGGAAAACUUUGUUACAAACAGUUUACAAAUAAAACAACUACGUUUAAGAAAAAGUGCAAAUAUAAUUUUUAAUAAUUAAAAUACAUAUGUAUGUAUAUUAAAUUUAGCAUAUUUGUAAACU